AGGACCAAAUCUUCGGCAACUCAUUGCUCGUUGUUAACCUCCUCUCUUCCUUGAUCCCAAUGGCUUCUUCUUCUUCCAAUCCCAGAAAGAGUUACCACGUCUUCUUGAGUUUCAGAGGCCCAGAUGUCCGCAAUUACUUCCUUGGUCAUCUUUACACAGCUCUAGACGGGGCGGGAAUAAACACUUACAAGGACGACGAAGAACUAAGGAAGGGAGAGCGAAUAUCAACUGAGCUCGUGAAGGCGAUUCAGGAAUCGCACAUCGCGAUCGUCGUUUUCUCCAAGAACUACGCCUCGUCGACGUGGUGUUUGGAAGAGUUGGCGGAGAUCAUGGAGCACAAGGAGCAAGGAGACCUCAUGGUCUUUCCGGUGUUUUACAAAGUGGAUCCUCGUGAAGUGAGAACACCGAGAGAGGGUUACUUAGAAGCUAUGGCUAAGCAUGAGGGCAAGUUCGGGAAGGAUUCGGAGGGAGUAAGGAGAUGGAAGAAUGCUCUUUCCGAGGCUGGUAGCUUGUCCGGGUGGCAUUUUACUGAUGGAUAUGAAGCGGGGCUUAUACAGCAUAUCGUAAAGGAGAUCUCAACUCAACUAGAUCGAGUGCCACUAGAUGUAGCCAAAUAUCCAGUUGGGAUAGAUUCCCGAGUACAGAGGCUUAGAACAAUCUUAAAUCUACGGUCAAAGGAUGAUGUUCUUAUGGUAGGAUUAUGGGGACAAGGAGGUGUAGGGAAGACAACCCUUGCUAAAGCCAUUUAUAAUGCUGUGUUUAGAGAGUUUCAAGGUUCGAGUUUCUCAGAACGUGUUAGAGAAAAUAGCAAAAGUCCCAAUGGUAUGGUUGCUUUGCAAGAAAAAUUGCUAUCGGAGGUAUUAUUGGGGAAGACCUUUACAGUUUAUAGUGUUGCAAGAGGAAGUUGUUUGAUUCAAGAUAGACUCCAUAAUAAAAAAGUUCUCAUUAUCCUCGAUGAUGUUGAUGAUGCAUGGCAGCUAGAUGCUUUAGCUGGAAAUUGCCAAUGGUUCGGCAAUGGAAGUAGGAUAAUUAUCACAACAAGAGAUAAGCAUAUUCUAGUUUCUCAUGGGGUAAAUCGGGAUCAUAUGUAUGAAGUUGAAGCUCUUGACAAUAGUGCAGCUCUUGAACUUUUUAGAAAGCAUGCUUUUCAAGGAAAUCAAGAAAUAGAAAUAAGCAGCAAGCUUGUUGACAGGGUUUUACAUUAUGCCGAAGGCCUUCCUUUGGCUCUUGAAGUGUUGGGUUCUUCCUUGCGUGGUAGAGGAGAAAAUGAAUGGAAAAAUACCCUACAAAAACUUGCCAAAAGUCCCGACAAAAAAAUCAAUGACGUGCUAAAGGUAAGUUAUGAUGGAUUGGAGAACUAUGCAAAGGAGAUUUUUCUCGACAUUGCUUGUUUCUUCAAAGGAAGAGACGCAGAGUACAUUAAGAAAGUUCUUGAUAGUUGUGAUUUUCACACGAUUAUUGGGUUAAGCAUUCUCAUUGAGCGCUCCUUGAUUAGGGAAGAGCAAGGGACCUUACAAAUGCAUGACUUAAUACAAUCAAUGGGUAUGGAUAUCGUUAAAGAAGAAUGUCGAGAUGAUCCCGAAAAACGCAGUAGGUUAUGGCUUUAUGAUGAUGUUCUUGAUGUUCUACUAGGAGAUGUGGGAACAGAUUCGAUAAAAGCCAUAGUGUUGAAGCUACCAAAGCCAAAAGUGAAGUAUAUUGGUCCAAAUGCUUUCACAAACAUGAGAAAAUUGAGGUUGCUCAUCUUGCAGAAUGUAGUGAACUCUUUUUCUGGUCCCAUCCAUCUCCCUAAUGAGUUAAGGUGGUUUGAAUGGCCUCAAUGUGCCUCGAUUCCAGAAUUUAGAGAUGGUCCAAAGAAGUUAGUUGGACUUGAUCUAUCGAACACCAACAUCGCAGGAGUGCUGAAACAAUUUAAGUGCUUUGUAAAAUUGAAAUUCGUUAACCUCAGCAUGUGCCCGUCGCUGGUUUGUAUGCCGGACCUCUCUUGUACUCCAACUCUCGAGGAAUUGGAUCUCUCCGGUUGCGAAAACUUGGAGCGUGCCCAUGAAUCAGUUGCAUAUCAUGGAAAGUUACGGAAGUUAGAUUUAGGUGGGUGCCCUAAAUUGCAAAGAUUCCCUGAUAUUCCAAAUAAAAACAAAAGCUUGCGAGAAGUUUAUUUACAACGGACUUCGAUUGAGGAACUGCCCGCAUCAAUAGGAAAUCUGGUCUCUCUCGAGGAAAUGCAUCUAAGUCAUUGCGAGAAACCGACGAUCCUUCCAUCUAGUAUUUAUAGAUUGCAAAAUCUUCUCAAUCUAAGGCUUAAUGGCUGCUCAAAGCUAAUUAAGUUUCCGAAGGUGGAGGAGGAUUCGAGUGAUCCUCAUACAAAGACGGGAUUUCCUAUGUUGUCGCAGUUGGACCUUGACCGGUGCCAUCUCCCAGAAGUAGAGUUCUUGGAGAAUUUUUCGUGUUUUCCCUGCUUAGAAUCUUUGUAUUUGUCGGGAAACAAUUUCACUAACGUUCCAACAUGCGAGAAACUAUAUUACUUGGAACAUUUGUAUAUUUCUCAUUGUGAACAGCUACAAGAGAUCCCCAAGGUUCCAGGGCAAUUAAGAGAACUGAAGGCGACCAGUUGUGAAUCUCUGAGUAGGAUUCCCUCCAACAUAUUUGACGUGGAGAUCGUUGAAUUAUGUUCAUGUCUUGAAUUGGUCCGUAAUGGGUUGUCCGUGAAUGAUUGGUUCAAGCUUGAAGAGAAAUUUCAUGGCAAAACACAUCACCAAGUUGUUCUACCUGGAGGAGAGAUGCCAAAAUGGUUGCUCCCUAAUAAAGAAGGUUAUAUAUCUUUCACGGCUUCAAAGGACUUGUAUAAGAAGUUCUUGGGAGUGGUUUUCUGUAUUGUAUUCCGAACAGAAGGAAAGGGGGUUUGCAACUUUCGGCUCGACGCAUCUGUUAAUGGUAGACAAGGUAUGGAUUAUGGUGAUAUUCUCAAUUCACCUAAUUUGGAUCAUGUGUGUCUUGGGUAUUGGAAAACAAAGGAUAUAUGGAGAGUAGAUGAUUUUGGUCCACAUGACUCGAGUCAUUUCCACGUUAGCAUUAGAGUAUAUAGAGAUCUAGAUAAGAGGGUAAUUGUGAAAAAGUGUGGAUUCCGACUAAUAUGCAAGCCACUAAAGAACGAUUUGGAGGUUUUGCUUCAAGAUGAUCAGUUGCUGGAUUCAGCUUUACUCUACGAAGUUGGAUAUGAAGAUAGUCAAACGAGCUUAGACAAGGAAGGUUCAAGUGAAACAAAAGAUUUACAAGAUAUUCAAACAGGCACCGAGGAAGAUAGUUCAAGCGAAUUAGUGCACGAAGGAUGGAACAUUGCUGCCUUCUCAAUUGAGAACCAUCGCUAUUCCUCUAUUAAUCCUAGUUAUCGAAAUGUUCGCCCUGGAGGAGAGAUGCCAAAGGAGUUUGUCCUUGUUGGAGACAGCACCAUAUCGUUCAUGGCAUCGCAGGACUUGUACGACAAGCUCCUAGGAUUGGUCCUCUGUGUUGUUUUCGGUGUAGAAGAUGGAAAAAAGGAAGUAUCUUUCGACAUCGUGCCACAUGUUAACGGCCAAAGACGGAAUGUGCUAGCAGGAACCCCGGGUUCGUUUGAUUCAGAUCACACAUGGAUUCAAUAUCUCAUACCAAAUGUGUUGUGGGGAGCGUUGGAGGGAGCAGUUGAUUUCGCUCAUUUUGAGGAGAGUUAUCUACGAUUCAACCUUGCAGUUAGAGUAUCCGGUGGAACUGUGAAAAAAUUGGGAUAUCUGCUAAGCUGCAGGAGACUAGAGGAUGAUUUGAAGGUUGUGCUUGAAGACAAACAAUUAAUGGAUCCAGCGUCGCUCUGUGAGGAAUUUGAUUUAGAAGACUUUCACUGGGCUUCAUCAAAAUACUUACGCAAAUUUCACAUUUUUCCAAGAGGAAGAGAUUAAAUGGGAAGAGGCGAGUGGAGUACUCUUGGCAUGCAGAUCUUAAGGAAGCAAGAGAUGGCGUAGUGUUUGUUUUUCAUGUUUCUGUGUAGUAGUCUUGAGCAGCGGGUACUUUCAUCUGAACUCCAGAUCUUUUUUUUUUUUUUUAUAAAUCACAAUUGUACCUUCUGGCUUUACCAGGAACAAUGUUCGGAGCAUGGUUAAUUUUAUAAUAUGGCUGUUAGAUUUAUCCCCAUAACUGGCAACCUAUUGGUCAGGAUGUUCAUAGUAAUU